ACGGGGAGUGUCCCGGUCCAGCAGCAUAAACAGCGGCUCUGCGCUCCACCGCCCCGCCGACUCGACGCCUCUCUGCUCCCGCUGCAGCCAGAAGCGCUCACCGCGGCUCAAGUCAAGUCCCCUCAGCUCAGCAGUCGUCCGUGCGUCCGUCCCCGAUCGCGACCUACACCUUCAGGCAGGAUGGCAGCGCACCACCCAGAGUUCGAGCGGGCUGGACAGAAGCCAGGCCUCCAGGUGUGGAGGGUGGAGAACUUUGACCUGGUGCCCGUUCCCGAGAAGCUGUAUGGCGGAUUUUACACCGGAGACGCCUACCUCGUCAUGAAUACCAUCAAGCAACGCUCCGGGAACCUGCAGUACGACCUCCACUUCUGGCUGGGUGAUCUCUGCACCCAGGAUGAGAGCGGCUCGGCGGCCAUCUUUACUGUCCAAAUGGACGACUUCCUGGGAGGGAAGCCCAUCCAGUACCGCGAGGUCCAGGGACACGAGUCCAAAACCUUUCUUGGCUACUUCAAGUCUGGAAUCAAAUACAUGAAAGGGGGUGUGGCAUCUGGGUUCAAGCACGUUGUUACCAAUGAGGUGGUCGUGCAGCGGGUGUUCCAGGUCAAAGGCCGCCGUUCUGUCAGGGCAACGGAGGUGCCGGUCAGCUGGGACAGCUUCAACCAGGGAGACUGCUUCAUCCUGGACCUGGGAGACGAGAUCUACCAGUGGUGUGGCUCACAGAGCAACCGCUUUGAGAAGCUGAAGGCCACUCAGGUCGCCAAGGGUAUCCGUGACAACGAGCGCAGCGGGAGGGCCCGGGUUUAUGUUGUUGACGAGGGGACGGAGAGAGAUAAGAUGUUAGAGGUGCUGGGUCCUAAACCAGAUCUGCCACCUGGAGGCUCUGACGACCUCCAGGCUGACGCUGCAAACAGGAAGAGGGCCAAACUGUACAAGGUGUCCAAUGCCAGCGGCGGCAUGACCAUCGCGCUGGUGGCAGAGGAGAACCCAUUCGCCCAGAGUGCCCUGGAGUCCGGCGACUGCUUCAUCCUGGACCAUGGCUCCGAUGGUCGGAUCUUUGUCUGGAAAGGCAAAGAUGCCAACAUGGACGAGCGAAAGGCAGCGAUGAAGGCAGCCGAGGAGUUCAUCAAGAAGAUGGACUACCCCAAACACACCCAGGUCCAGAUCCUGCCGGAGAUGGGCGAGACGCCGCUCUUCAAACAGUUCUUCAAGAACUGGCGGGACAAAGAUCAGACAGUGGGCCUGGGCGUGGCCUACAUCGCCAACAGCAUCGCCAAGAUCGAGAAGGUGCCUUUCGACGCCGCCACCCUGCACGAGUCCUCCGCCAUGGCCGCCCAGCACGGUAUGGUGGACGACGGCAGCGGAGAGAAACAGAUCUGGCGUAUCGAGGGCUCAGACAAGGCGCCCGUGGAUCCGUCCACAUACGGACAGUUCUACGGUGGAGACAGUUACAUCAUCCUUUACAACUACAGUCACAGAGGACGUCAGGGACACAUCAUCUACAUGUGGCAGGGAAUGGACUCCAGUCAGGAUGAAAUCGGGGCCUGUGCGAUCCUCGGCGCUCAGCUGGAUGAUGAGCUCGGUGGUGGUCCUGUGCAGGUUGUUGGUGCUCCUAUAACCACUCAGGUGAGGGUGAUUCAGGGGAAAGAGCCGGCCCAUCUGAUGAGUCUGUUCGGAGGACAGCCCAUGGUGGUGUACAAGGGAGGGACGUCCAGAGACGGAGGUCAGUCGGCCCCUGCAGAGACUCGACUCUUCCAGGUGCGCUCCAACUCUGCCGGGCACACCAGAGCUGUGGAGCUUGACGUGGCGUCAUCCCAGCUGAACUCCAACGACGCUUUCAUCCUGGUGACCCCCGGAGGCACCUUCCAGUGGGUGGGAGUGGGCGCCAGCGACACGGAGAAGCAGGGUGCCCAGCAGCUGUGCGGCAUCCUGGGAGUGUCGGCCUCCGAGCUGUCUGAGGGAGGAGAGAGCGACGAGUUCUGGGAGGCUCUGGGAGGAAAGACAGAAUAUCGCACUUCUACCCGACUCAAGGACAAGAUGGACGCUCAUCCACCCCGACUGUUCGCCUGCUCCAACAAGACUGGAAACUUCAUCAUUGAGGAGGUACCCGGGGAGCUGACCCAAGACGACCUCGCCACUGACGACGUCAUGAUCCUGGACACCUGGGAGCAGGUGUUCGUCUGGAUCGGGAAUGAGGCCCAGGAGGAAGAGAAGACUGAAGCAAUGGCAUCUGCGGCCCGUUACAUCGAGACAGACCCGGCCAACAGAGACCGCAGGACGCCCAUCGUCAAGAUCAAGCAGGGCUUCGAGCCGCCCACCUUUACCGGCUGGUUCCUGGGCUGGGACCACGAGUACUGGACCAGCGACCCCCUGGAGCGCGCCAUGGCUGAGCUGGCCUUGUAAGGUGUCACCCGACCCUGCCUUCGUCACUAUCAGCCCUGACCUUUGACCCUCCCUCCUGCUCUGCCGCAAGCACUGAGCUUCAGUGAUAAGACUUUUUUAUCUGCCAAAACUGCCCUGAAAAAGUUUCUUUUCUACUUUUUUUUUGUUGUGAUUUUAAAAGGAAACAGGCCAAUGAAGCCAUGUUUUAAUUCACUUUGUCUCACAUGCUACGGUGGUGCCUUUGUACCUGCAACAAAACCAACCAAUAGAUGCUUCAAUGAAAACACAGGCUUCCGUCAGGGUUUUGCACUAAAUAGGUUGCUACUACAACUUCUACUGUAGCCAGUCUUUCUCAUUGAUUUUAUAUGUUGACAAUAGAACCGGUUAACUAGUGACAUGUCAUGGAAAUAGUCUUGGUGUGCUGCAACAUCUGAACUCACUGCCAAGCAAACACCGCUUAUAAAAGCAAUACAACCAAUGCCUUAAUAAUAUUCUUUCCUUUAGUUUACAGUAAAAUGGCUUCUUUUUUUUUUUUUUAAAAAAAGGUAUCUUUUUAGGUAAGUUAUGUGCACCUUCAGUUAUGAAGCCUCUUCUAAUAUUUAUUUUUGAAAAAAAUGCCAUAGAUUAAUUCAGGAAGCUUAUGCGAUGCUGCAGUGGCCAACCUUUAGACGGGAAAACCAACGCUUUGCUGCUUUACGAUCCAGUUACGUCUUCUGUGACACUUUGAGGUUUCCCUGAGCCUUAUCAUUUCAAUAAAAACCAAAUAAAACACAA